UUGUAUAGUGUGGUCAUUGGGAAAGUGUCGAUUUAAACGUGAGGCAAAUUUUCUGCUUCGAAUACUUUUACCUCCUAACUACCGGCUUAAUCUGGAUGCAACAUAAUGAGGACGAAAACUUGCUUGACUUUAUUUAAUCGUUUAAAUAGAUUUUUCUUAAAAGGAUAUGUAUGUCUUCCACAACCAACUUUUAAUGUUGCUUCAAGGCAGUUUUCUAAUGCUUAUUGUGUAUGGCAUACAGUUGGCGCUCUCUGUUUAGAAAGGAAGCCUGUUGUGACUCAAGAAUUAACUCCAUUGGAACAAAGAUAUUUUCAAUAUUUACAAAAACUUGAAAUAGAAAAAAGCUAUUUAAGUGAUCAUGAGAAAAGACAUCUAGAAGAUUUGAGGAUAGCUGAAAAACUUAAAAAGGGAGAAGUGGAAGAUAUGGAUACUGUUUCAAAGCAAACUGCUCAAGAUUUUGAGGAUGCAUGUAUUGAAGAAUUCAACAAAUAUAAACCUAAUCCAAGGAUAACUGAAGCUGAUAAAACUAAUGACCGCAAAUCUCUACAUAGAAAGUUGGAUUCUAGUUUGGUUUUAGUGGUGAAACAAAAGCUUGGAAAUGAUUACAGAUGGAUCUUGCCACAAACAAUUCAUCAAGAAGGUGACACUUUGCGACAGACUGCUGAAAGAUCUCUACAUGAAUUAUGUCCUGAUCCAAUUCAAGUUCGAUUCAUGGGCAAUGCUCCUGUUGGUUACUACAAAUAUAAGUAUCCCAAAGCAGCAAGGAAAGAUGGUGUUAUUGGUGCAAAAGUUUUCUUUUUUAAAGCACAGUUACUUGAAAAGAAUCCAAAGUAUCUCAACUUUAAUAUAACAGAUACAAAUAAUGAUAUAUUGUGGCUUACCCAUUCUGAACUAAAUGAAGUUUUACAGACUGAUUAUGGUAAGACAGUACAAACAUUUCUGUUACCUGACACAUUUGAUGUUGAAGAAGAAGAUAAUAAUUCUUCUACAAAUAAUAAUUCUUUUGAAGAUGAUGAACCCAUCGCCAAGACUUCAGCAUCGAAUUAAAGAUUGUUGCUCAUGCAUUGUAUUAAAACAUUAAAAUAUUUAUUAUCAUUA